AUGUUGUCCUCUUACCUCCUUUUUGCCUUGCCCCUGCUGGCCAGUGCAGCCCCAAGCCUCAACGCACGAUUCGGCAACGAAGUCGUCUACAUCAGCAGAUGCAUUGCCGACAGUGGCUCCAACAACCAACUCGAAGCCGACUAUUAUAGCGACAUUGGCAACAGCCAGAACCUCCAAACACCCAACUCGGUCUCCCAGCCUCAGUUCGUCAACUCCGGCCAGCCCAACUUCAACGGGCAGCACAGCUACUUCUUUCCAGACUCCGGGGUGACCUUCACCUACAAUGCUCAGAACAUCAACCAACCUGCUGGGACACAGGUCGGUACUGGAAGUAACGGUAGCCCAUUCACCUGUUUCAGAGAUACCGAUCGGAACUUGUACUACCGCCAUGGACAGAAUAACAGGCCUUGCGUUGCCGUGCUCUAUUGUCGCAAGUCUCGCCGGUGCUCAAAGCUGCAAUUGACAGUAAUGGCGUUAGGCAGGAAAGCUGGUAGAGCGUAG